AUGUCUACAGUUGUCCUCAUUCCUGGCGCCUGGCACACGCCCAAUCACUACUCCGAAUUCACAAACGCGCUGCGCGCCCUCGGCCACGAAGUCCACGUCCCCCACCUCCCCUCAUGGAACGGCGCGCGCCCAAAAAACGCCAACCUCAAAACUAACUUCGACUUCAUCCGCACCUACGUCGAGAGCCUCGCCUCCGCGGGCCGCGUAAUCACAGUGCUAAUGCACUCGUACGGCGGGCAAGUAGGCACAAACGCCCUCUCUGGUCUAGGCGCCGAGACCCGCGCUGCACAGGGGCUUGCGAGCGGCGUCGUGGGGCUCAUGUAUAUCGUGGCAGCGGCACUUACAGAGGGGAGAUCCAUGAGAGAUUUCGUCGCAGAGCACGGACACGGGCCUCUGCUGGAUCUUGCGCUCGACUUCGCAGAGGACCGGACGUGCGUGAGUCGGGAUCCCAGGACGAUGGUUGUUGGCGGUGGCCGGUCAGACAGCGACACCGAGGAGUACAUUGCCGGGUUGCAGCGGUGGAAUGGGAAGGGGUUUGAUGGCAAACUGAAGGCAUAUGCGUGGCGGGAUAUCAGGAAUGUCGGGUAUGUGUAUGCGACGUUGGAUAUGACGAUCCCCGUGGAUUAUCAGAAAGUCUAUGUGCAAAUACUGCGGGAUGGCGGCUGUGCGGUCCGGACGUAG